AUGGAUAAUUAAGAAGAGGUCAUCCUCAAAUGUUAUAAGGAUUCCGAAGAAAGAACAUUUAAAUUAAUUAAAUAUAUAGGAGCUGGAAGUGAAGGAUUUGUGUCACUUUAUAAACCAAUAAAUUGGUGCUUUGAGGUUGAUGAAGUCGCCAUCAAAUCGUAGUCGACAAAUAUAAAAAGUUCUGCCAUAGAUUUUUACAAGAAACUAAUGGAACAACAACUUAAAAUAGAAAAAAGUUCGGAUGAAAAAUCACAUAUUAUCAAAAUUUAUGAACUAUGUCAAAAUACAAAUGAAAAAGGUGAAUUAAGUGAAUUUUUAGUAAUAAUGGAAAAAGGAGGAGAUGACUUAUAUAAAUAUUAAAAACAUAAUAAACAAUUAACCUUUUAAUAGAAAGUGUAAAUAUGCCUAUAAUUAGCUUAAGGCCUUAAAUAAUUGCAUCAGCUUGACUAUAUUCACAGAGAUAUAAAACCUGAGAAUUUUGUUCUAGCGAAAGAUGGAUUUAAGUUAAUUGAUUUUGGGUUGACAAAAUCUAUCAAUCAAGAAUAUAUGUCGAUGAAUGUUGGAUCAAGAUUAUUCUAGGCUCCAGAAGUCUUAGUUGGAGACGGUAAUUAUACUUCUUCAAUUGAUAUCUGGUCAUUGGGUUGUACAUUCUAUGAAGUUUUUUCUGAUGAUAUAUUAAUAAAAGCUUAAAAUUAUAUGGACGCGUUUCUAAUAAUUCGUAAUCACACUGAAAAUUAGAAAUACCUUUAUGGUAAAAUUGAAGCAUUACAAAUUUAAUAAGAAUGGAAAGAUUUAAUUAAAGAUAUGUUACAUCCUGAACCAAAUAAGAGAAUUACUUCUGAGAACCUUGUCCUAAAAAUUCAAUCCUUAUUAAAUAAAUAAAACAAUCAAUUCUAACCGACAGUAUAGAACAUGGAUCGUUUCUGCACUCCUCAAAAUGGCAUGGUCAAUCCUCAAACAAAUAAUUGCAUCCCAUAAAAGAAAGUGUUUCAGACAAUAAAUGCAUAGACUACUACGCAAAAUGAAAUACCUCAAUUUAAUCGCAUUUAAACUCCUAAUCAAAAUAUAAUAAACAAUCUUAAUGGAAAUUAAUUUCAUAUAUAACCUAAUUUUAUUAGUCCUAGUGGUUCUAAUGUUCCAAAAGUACUACAAACUUGUAAUCCUUAAAUUACAACUCCAACAAAUAAUAACAAUUACAUCUAGAAAUUUGAUUAAAAUGCAUUUGCCAAUAAUAAAUAAAAUGAAAUGUAUGAAAUUUUGAAUUAGAGAAUUCAGAAACUUGAGAGUGAACUAUAAAAUGUGAAGUAAGAAAUGGUAGAUUUAAAAAAAGAAGUAACAGUAUUGAAGGAUGAAAAAGGGUAACUAUUAGAUCAGAAUACUAAGAUGAAAGCUUAAUUAAAUAAAUAUGUAAAACAGCAAUAAACUUCUCUUAUAGAAUUUUAACCAUUCUUAAUUUAAACUCAAUAACCAUGA